AUGGCGUUGCGUCUAUCCUCCUCCCUGUGGACUCGGGCACUCGUGUUGUCACCAUUCUGCCAUCAACCCGUCGCUAUUCCACAAAUUACACCUCUGCAGCGUAUCAUCCACGAAGUUCUCCCAAAUAAUACUACUACUAAUAAUAAUAAUAAUAAUAAUAAUAAUAAUAAUAAUAAUAAUAUUACUAAUAGUAAUAGUAUUAGUCGUAGUGAGGAAAUAGCGGCACUGUUGGAGCAACUUCCCGCCCAUUGUGAUCGGGCCAAACAAGAGAUGCUCUCUGCUCGCCGGGCCAGUCUUUACUAUCGUAGUCGAUAUGGAAGAGGUGUGGAAACUCAACGGAAACAAAAAGAGAAAUUGCAAAGUAUGUCGGAUGAUGAAAUACAACAGUGGGCUCGCAGUAAGUGUAUACUUGUGCGAAAUCCCUUAAUACCGCAUUAA